AUGGCUGAUCCAAUGUUCAAUAAGCCAGCGCGUAUAGAUAUUUUAAUUGGUGCGGAAAUUUUCUUCGAUUUGUUGUCGAUUGGACGAAUUUAUCUUAAUGAAAGGUUGCCAACCCUACAGAAAUCCAUACUAGGGUGGAUAGUUGCAGGCAAAGCAGAAGAAUGUUUAGCGCCUAGUCAUAAAAUAAAUAAUAUGCUGGUCAAUCACAACCAUAAUGAGAAUGAAAACUUGAGUCAAUUGGUUGAAAAAUUCUGGAAAAUAGAACAGAUUUCAACUAAAUCAAAUUUUUUAACCGAAGAAGAAGAGGAAUGCGAGAAAAUUUUCCGGGAAUCAAUUCGUAGAGAUACAUCUGGCCGAUUUAUUACGAAAAUUCCAUUUAAAACAACAGUAAGUGAUUUGGGUGGUUCCUAUAAUGCUGCCAAACGACGGUUGCUGUCACUAGAGCGUAGGUUGAGUAGAGAUCGCUCUACACGAGACGCUUACAACGCAUUUAUGGAUGAGUACCUCUCUUUAGGUCACAUGACGAUCGUUGAAGAAGCUGAUAUGAAUAAGAUAAAAUAUUUUGCACCGCAUCAGUAUGUGCUACGACCAGAUUCCACGAGUACGAAACUUCGAGUUGUGUUCGAUUGUAGCUGUAAAACUGACAGUGGCUUGUCAUUAAAUGAGGUAAUGAUGAAAGGACCACUGGUUCAAGAUGAUCUGUUAUCUACAUAUAAUACUGCGAUUUAG